CCACUUCUCACGUAUCAUGAAACCAAAAGCGAGAACAGCCAGCAAACCUCAGCGACAAGGGGCGAGAAUUUCCCACGAGCGUCAUGAAACCCCAAUUGAUGAGGAUGGUACAGAUCCUCGACCAGCCAAAAGGAAGAAAAGAACAUCUAGCAAGCCCAAGGACAAGAGAUAUGAGUGUCCUCAUGAAGGCUGCGAUAAGAGUUAUUCACGUGCAGAACACUUGUACAGACAUCAAUUGAACCACGCCCCAAAGCAGAUUUUCCAUUGUGAUUUUGAGGGCUGUGAUCGGCAUUUUGUUCGCCAGGAUCUCUGUGCUAGACAUCGGGAGAGACAUACAAAGGAAAAUUCACACCUUUAUCGCCGAGACGCUUUCAAGCAUGGCAAACUCAAGUCGUCCAAUAUCCCUGAGGUUCAACAAGUACAAUCGUCAGAGGUUCAACCAACAGCGUCCACCACGAGUUCAGACAGCUCCGAGCAACAGAUCACCGAGCAGCCAACUGUCUCAAAGUCGAAUGAAGCUCUGUUAGGCUUCAAUCCUAUGGCAUUAGAUCCACGUUUGACGACCGAGUCUAGACAUUUUGAUUCAACUAUGCCAUCUGUACCUUUUCCUAAUACUCUAGCAAAUGGUCAGUAUGACAACAUAUCAAAUCCUGUCAGCAGUUCUAUAGCAUCUCGGCUGGCGGCUCAUCUGAGUCACUCGGAGACGAUACACGCCACACCCAACAACUUAGCGACUUCUGCAGCGAUGACUGAGCCAAUGAAUGGUGCACGCCAUGAGGUCACCAGCGCUAUCUUCGCUCGACCGAACAUUCCUCCUACACUUUCGAUGGAUAUGUAUCAUCUGAAUCCGAUGCAGAACAUGUUUACACCAUUUAGUAAUGCUUCCGGCGUUUACCUACCUCAACCCUACCUCUCACCGUCCAAUGGAAGUAAUCUGAAGUCUCCACCAAGUUUCCCCAACUUGCCCACCUUGUCGCACUCCAGCCAACCUUACAACGCUCAGGUGCCAUCACCAGCCGGAAUCAGAUCAGACUCGGUGACUUCAUAUCUCUCCAAAGGACCAUCGCUAAACAACCAUCCAUCCGUCGGCCUUAUAGAUCCUACCACAUUCAACAAUCUACCUACAGGUGCGACAGUGCCAGUCUUCAACGAGGAUUAUGGACCGUCACCCUCAGAUAUGCCGGGUGCAGAAUUCAUCAGCUGGUUGUUCGAAGGGGACCAGAAUGCAGUAUUUUCACCACAAACUCAGACAGCUUACAACCCUGGCUCGAAUCUGCAGAUGCCAUUUGAGAACAUGCAAACUUCGAAUGGUGACUUGUAUCUUGAGUCUCUUGUUCGACCUAAUCCAAUUGCCAAGACGGAGCAAGAUAGCAUACAACCAGAGUGUGUCCUCUCAGGUCCACGCAGACAACGACUCCUCGAUCUGGUCAUUCCGGAGUUCAGAGACGGGAGACAUGCCCAUGUCACAGCUCAAAGAGAAAAGAUACUGAGAGGUGAUCACGACGAAGACACACAUGUGCUGAGCUUGCGCAUGAUGCAAGUNUUUUGUAGCUCGUUCUGGCUCAACAUACACCCACAGUUACCGAUUCUGCAUCGGCCCACAUUCUCGACCGAAACAUGUCCAGAUCUCUUGCUUGUCGCCAUAAUGAUCUUGGGGGCUUCUUGCUUAGAGCCAUCUUAUGGAUAUGAGCUGACUCAAGCUUCCGCCGAACUGGCCUCCUUUCUAGCAUGGCAUACCCGUCGGAUGAUAUUCGAGGACCCAGACUUCAUCCCACCAGCCAAAUUGUGGAUAUUCCAAGCCUUGCUGCUUCUGGAAGUUUUUGAGAAGAUGUUCUCAACAACGACCCUGCACCAGAGAGCUCAUGUACACCAUUGCACCACUCUCACUUUGAUGAGGCGAGGUAGCUCAUUAGUGGGACGAGCGGCACUGGACUUCGCCCCUUACGAUGUUGACCCAACAGACCCAACGAGGACACCACCUGGUCCGAACGGCAGUGUAAACACAUGUGGUCGUAACACCAAGGACGAGUGGUGGAACAAUUGGAUCAGCAACGAGGCUACGCGUCGAACGGCUUUUGCAGCGUUCAUCAUUGACACGACUCAUGCGACAAUGUUUGGUCACGCAGCGGUAAUGGUCGCCCACGAGAUGCGAAUACCUCUGCCAUGCGAUGAGGCACUUUGGGCUGCCUCAAGUGGGGCCGAGGUGCGGAACCUUGAGCAUAGUCUUACACUUAGUGGUUACAGGCCCAUGAGCUUCCUUGAAGCAUUGAAGCAAACACUGAACGGUCAACAUGUGCAGACCAAUACCUUCGGCCGAGUCACUAUCAUGGCAGGGCUCAUGAGUGUCAGCUGGCACAUGAGAAUGCAAGAUGUGAGAGCAAGUUCGAUUGGAGUUGGUAAACAAGGCAGUUGGGCUGAUCAGCUGGCCUCUGCCUGUAAUUUCUGGAGGCGCGAUUUUGAUGCAUCUUUGGCUCAGUCAUCAUCCAACAUACCAGUGUACUUGCACGAUCGCAUGCUGAGCGACGUUAUGGAUAAGGAGAAGGUAUUCGAAUCUCGUACUGUGCUACACCACCUGGCGCGGAUGGCCAUGCAUGUGGACAUCGUUGACUGUCAAAUUCUUGCUGGAGCGAAACGCUCAUUGGGACGCGUGAUUACGGCCAAUGAUCAUGCGUCGACAGCGAAAAAGUUGAGAGAGACCUGGGCUCCAUCGCAUGGAGCUCGUGAUGCGGUGUUCUAUGCGUUACGCUUCUUGUCGGCUGUGCUGCUACCAGAGGGAGACGGUUCCUCCGGACUAAAUCUUGGUGCCCGAGAACUUGCAUAUUCAGCUCGUGACGACAACUCGCUCAACCGUCCCUGGGUGCUCUACUUCGCUGCCCUGGUCGUGUGGACUUACGGAUUCUGCUUGGAUGGACCUAUAGCACCACCGUUGCCUACAUACACCCUCAGGACGCAUGAGAUCCAAUUUAGGGACCUGCGCGGCUUCCUUCGCCGCGUAGGCGGGGUCAGAUCGGCCGAUGAUUUGCAGCACGUCAAGCAACGCAAUGGGAUGUUGGGGAUGUUGAUGCUCCUGAAAGAGAUCUUCAGCAAGACCAGAUGGGAACUGCUACACGAGGCGAGUGAAAUGCUGGGAAAUUGCGUCGAACUGCUUAUGCCCGGCAUCUCCAAUCUC